AUGAGCCCUCGAGUGUCCGAUGGAGAGUGUAGAGCUGGUCCAGUGUUCCACGGCCGGGACCACAACCACACGGCGUGCUACAGGAGUUACGCUGGCUACAGGUGUUACGCGUGCUACAGGUGUUACCCGUGCUACAGGUGUUACGCAGGCCACAGGUGUUACCCAGGCCACAGGUGUUACGCGUGCUACAGGUGUUACCCGUGCUACAGGUGUUAUGUGUGCUACAGGAGUUACGCUGGCUACAGGUGUUACGCGUGCUACAGGUGUUACCCGUGCUACAGGUGUUACGCAGGCCACAGGUGUUACCCAGGCCACAGGUGUUACGCGUGCUACAGGUGUUACCCGUGCUACAGGUGUUAUGUGUGCCACAGGUGUUACGCAGGCCACAGGUGUUACGCAGGCCACAGGUGUUACGUGUGCUACAGGUGUUACGUGUGCUACAGGUGUUACGUGUGCUACAGGUGUUACGUGUGCUACAGGUGUUACGCGUGCUACAGGUGUUACGCGUGCUACAGGUGUUACGCGUGCUACAGGUGUUACGCAGGCCACAGGUGUUACCCAGGCCACAGGUGUUACACAGGCCACCGGUGUUACCCGUGCUACAGGUGUUACGUGUGCUACAGGAAUUACGCUGGCUACAGGUGUUACGCUGGCUACAGGUGUUACGCUGGCUACAGGUGUUACGCAGGCCACAUGUGUUACGCAGGCCACAGGUGUUACGUGUGCUACAGGUGUUACGUGUGCUACAGGUGUUACGCGUGCUACAGGUGUUACGCGUGCUACAGGUGUCACGCGUGCUACAGGUGUUACCCGUGCUACAGGUGUUACGCAGGCCACAGGUGUUACCCAGGCCACAGGUGUUACGCGUGCUACAGGUGUUACCCGUGCUACAGGUGUUAUGUGUGCUACAGGAGUUACGCUGGCUACAGGAGUUACGCAGGCCACAGGUGUUACGCAGGCCACAGGUGUUACGCAGGCCACAGGUGUUACGCAGGCCACAGGUGUUACGUGUGCUACAGGUGUUACGUGUGCUACAGGUGUUACGUGUGCUACAGGUGUUACGUGUGCUACAGGUGUUACGCGUGCUACAGGUGUUACGCGUGCUACAGGUGUUACGCAGGCCACAGGUGUUACCCAGGCCACAGGUGUUACACAGGCCACCGGUGUUACGCGUGCUACAGGUGUUACCCGUGUUACCCGUGCUACAGGUGUUACGUGUGCUACAGGAAUUACGCUGGCUACAGGUGUUACGCUGGCUACAGGUGUUACGCAGGCCACAUGUGUUACGCAGGCCACAGGUGUUACGUGUGCUACAGGUGUUACGUGUGCUACAGGUGUUACGCGUGCUACAGGUGUUACGCGUGCUACAGGAGUUACGCGUGCUACAGGUGUCACGCGUGCUACAGGUGUUACCCGUGCUACAGGUGUUACGCAGGCCACAGGUGUUACGCGUGCUACAGGUGUUACCCGUGCUACAGGUGUUAUGUGUGCUACAGGAGUUACGCUGGCUACAGGAGUUACGCUGGCUACAGGUGUUACGCAGGCCAGAGGUGUUACGCAGGCCACAGGUGUUACGCAGGCCACAGGUGUUACGCAGGCCACGGGUGUUACCUGUGCUACAGGUGUUACGUGUGCUACAGGUGUUACGUGUGCUACAGGUGUUACGUGUGCUACAGGUGUUACGCGUGCUACAGGAAGUACGCGUGCUACAGGUGUUACGCGUGCUACAGGUGUUACGCAGGCCACAGGUGUUACCCAGGCCACAGGUGUUACGCAGGCCACCGGUGUUACGCGUGCUACAGGUGUUACCCGUGUUACCCGUGCUACAGGUGUUACGUGUGCUACAGGAAUUACGCUGGCUACAGGAGUUACGCAGGCCACAGGUGUUACGUGUGCUACAGGUGUUACGUGUGCUACAGGUGUUACGCGUGCUACAGGUGUUACGUGUGCUACAGGAAUUACGCUGGCUACAGGAGUUACGCAGGCCACAGGUGUUACGCAGGCCACAGGUGUUACGUGUGCUACAGGUGUUACGUGUGCUACAGGUGUUACGCGUGCUACAGGUGUUACGUGUGCUACAGGUGUUACGCGUGCUACAGGAGUUACGCGUGCUACAGGUGUUACGCGUGCUACAUGUGUUACGCAGGCCACAGGUGUUACCCAGGCCACAGGUGUUACGCAGGCCACCGGUGUUACGCGUGCUACAGGUGUUACCCGUGUUACCCGUGCUACAGGUGUUACGCGUGCUACAGGUGUUACGUGUGCUACAGGUGUUACGCUGGCUACAGGAGUUACGCUGGCUACAGAUGUUACGCAGGCCACAGGUGUUACGCAGGCCACAGGUGUUACGCAGGCCACAGGUGUUACGUGUGCUACAGGUGUUACGUGUGCUACAGGUGUUACGCGUGCUACAGGUGUUACGCGUGCUACAGGAGUUACGCGUGCUACAGGUGUUACGCGUGCUACAGGUGUUACGCGUGCUACAGGUGUUACCCGUGCUACAGGUGUUACCCAGGCCACAGGUGUUACCAAGGCUACAGGUGUUACGCGUGCUACAGGUGUUACCCAGGCCACAGGUGUUACGCGUGCUACAGGUGUUACGCGUGCUACAGGUGUUACCCGUGCUACAGGUGUUACGUGUGCUACAGGAGUUACGCUGGCUACAGGAGUUACGCUGGCUACAGGUGUUACGCAGGCCACAGGUGUUACGCUGGCUACAGGAGUUACGCUGGCUACAGGUGUUACGCAGGCCACAGGUGUUACGCAGGCCACAGAUGUUACGCAGGCCACAGGUGUUACGUGUGCCACAGGUGUUACGUGUGCCACAGAUGUUACGCUGGCUACAGGUGUUACGCUGGCUACAGGUGUUACGCUGGCCACAGGUGUUACGCGUUCUACAGGAGUUACGCUGGCUACAGGUGUUACGCGUGCUACAGGUGUUACGCGUGCUACAGGUGUUACCCGUGCUACAGGUCUUACGCAGGCCACAGGUGUUACGCGUUCUACAGGUGUUACGCGUGCUACAGGUGUUACGCGUGCUACAGGAGUUACGCUGGCUACAGGAGUUACGCUGGCUACAGGAGUUACGCUGGCUACAGGUGUUACGCAGGCCACAGGUGUUACGCAGGCCACAGGUGUUACGCAGGCCACAGGUGUUAUGCAGGCCACGGGUGUUACGUGUACUACAGGUGUUACGCUGGCUACAGGUGUUACGCUGGCUACAGGUGUUACGCUGGCUACAGGGGUUACGUGUGCUACAGGGGUUACGCUGGCUACAGGUGUUACGUGUGCUACAGGUGUUACGCUGGCUACAGGCGUUACGCUGGCUACAGGUGUUACGUGUGCUACAGGUGUUACGCAGGCUACAGGUGUUAUGUGUGCUACAGGUGGAAAGCAGGCUACAGGUGUUACGCGUGCUACAGGUGUUACGUGUGCUACAGGUGUUACGCAGGCUACAGGUGUUAUGUGUGCUACAGGUGGAGUUACGCUGGCUACAGGUGUUACGCAGGCCACGGGUGUUUACGUGUGCUACAGGUGUUACGUGUGCUACAGGUGUUACGUGUGCUACAGGUGUUACGCUGGCUACAGGUGUUACGCUGGGCUACAGGUGUUACGCUGGCUACAGGUGUUACGCUGGCUACAGGUGUUACGCUGGCUACAGGUGUUACGUGUGCUACAGGGGUUACGUGCUACAGGUGUUACGCUGGCUACAGGCGUUACGCUGGCUACAGGUGUUACGUGUGCUACAGGUGUUACGCAGGCUACAAGUGUUACGUGUGCUACAGGUGUUACGCAGGCUACAGGUGUUACGUGUGCUACAGGGGUUACGUGUGCUACAGGUGUUAUGCUGGCUACAGGUGUUACGUGUGCUACAGGUGUUACGCUGGCUACAGGUGUUACGCUGGCUACAGGUGUUACGUGUGCUACAGGGGUUACGUGUGCUACAGGGGUUACGCUGGCUACAGGGGUUACGUGUGCUACAGGUGUUACGCAGGCUACAGGUGUUAUGUGUGCUACAGGUGGUGUUACGCAGGCUACAGGUGUUACGUGUGCUACAGGUGGUUAAGCGGCUACAGGUGUUACGCGUGCUACAGGAGGUGUUACGUGUGCUACAGGUGUUACGCUGGCUACAGGUGUUACGCUGGCUACAGGUGUUACGCUGGCUACAGGUGUUACGCUGGCUACAGGUGUUACGCUGGCUACAGGUGUUACGUGUGCUACAGGGGUUACGUGUGCUACAGGUGUUACGCUGGCUACAGGCGUUACGCUGGCUACAGGUGUUACGUGUGCUACAGGUGUUACGCAGGCUACAAGUGUUACGUGUGCUACAGGUGUUACGCAGGCUACAGGUGUUACGUGUGCUACAGGGGUUACGUGUGCUACAGGUGUUAUGCUGGCUACAGGUGUUACGUGUGCUACAGGUGUUACGCUGGCUACAGGUGUUACGCUGGCUACAGGUGUUACGUGUGCUACAGGGGUUACGUGUGCUACAGGGGUUACGCUGGCUACAGGGGUUACGUGUGCUACAGGUGUUACGCAGGCUACAGGUGUUAUGUGUGCUACAGGUGGUGUUACGCAGGCUACAGGUGUUACGUGUGCUACAGGUGUUACACUGGCUACAGGUGUUACGCUGGCUACAGGUGUUACGUGUGCUACAGGUGUUACGCUGGCUACAGGCGUUACGCUGGCUACAGGUGUUACGUGUGCUACAGGUGUUACGCAGGCUACAGGUGUUAUGUGUGCUACAGGUGGAAAGCAGGCUACAGGUGUUACGCGUGCUACAGGUGUUACGUGUGCUACAGGUGUUACGCAGGCUACAGGUGUUAUGUGUGCUACAGGUGGAGUUACGCUGGCUACAGGUGUUACGCAGGCCACGGGUGUUACGUGUGCUACAGGUGUUACGUGUGCUACAGGUGUUACGUGUGCUACAGGUGUUACGCUGGCUACAGGUGUUACGCUGCCUACAGGUGUUACGCUGGCUACAGGUGUUACGUGUGCUACAGGGGUUACGUGUGCUACAGGUGUUACGCUGGCUACAGGCGUUACGCUGGCUACAGGUGUUACGUGUGCUACAGGUGUUACGCAGGCUACAGGUGUUACGCAGGCUACAAGUGUUACGUGUGCUACAGGUGUUACGCAGGCUACAAGUGUUACGUGUGCUACAGGUGUUACGCUGGCUACAGGUGUUACGCUGCCUACAGGUGUUACGCUGGCUACAGGUGUUACGUGUGCUACAGGGGUUACGUGUGCUACAGGUGUUACGCUGGCUACAGGCGUUACGCUGGCUACAGGUGUUACGUGUGCUACAGGUGUUACGCAGGCUACAGGUGUUAUGUGUGCUACAGGUGGUGUUACGCAGGCUACAAAUGUUACGCAGGCUACAAGUGUUACGUGUGCUACGCAGGCUACAAGUGUUACGUGUGCUACAGGUGUUACGCAGGCUACAGGUGUUACGUGUGCUACAGGGGUUACGUGUGCUACAGGUGUUAUGCUGGCUACAGGUGUUACGUGUGCUACAGGUGUUACGCUGGCUACAGGUGUUACGCUGGCUACAGGUGUUACGCUGGCUACAGGGGUUACGCUGGCUACAGGUGUUACGUGUGCUACAGGGGUUACGUGUGCUACAGGUGUUACGUGUGCUACAGGUGUUACGCAGGCUACAGGUGUUAUGUGUGCUACAGGUGGUGUUACACAGGCUACAGGUGUUACGUGUGCUACAGGUGUUACGCAGGCUACAGGUGUUACGUGUGCUACAGGUGUUACACUGGCUACAGGUGUUACGCUGGCUACAGGUGUUACGCUGGCUACAGGGGUUACGCUGGCUACAGGAGUUACGCUGGCUACAGGUGUUAG